AUGGUCAUUGUGUUGUUGCUGGCGCUGGCUUCAGUGUGCCUGGCCUCCAAAUUACCUAUUGUGGAUCUGGGAUAUGAGCGACAUCAAGCAAUUUCAUUCAAUAGCUCCCAUGGCCUCUAUAAUUUCACCAAUAUCCGCUAUGCGGCACCUCCAGUUGGCGAACUGCGAUUCCAGGCACCCGUACUUCCAAAACAAAACAGAGAACAUAUCCAAAAUGGCUCUGUGGGCAGGUUAUGUCCACAGGCAGCCCCAUUAUGGUCGACAAAGGCCCAGCAAGCCUUCCUCUUGAGCUACUUCUAUAACCAGUCUUUCUCCAUAUCCACCAACAUCUCUUCCUAUAAGUAUGAGCCGGCGGAGCAAGACCCACGCACCACCGAGGACUGUCUAUUCCUUGACGUUGUUGUCCCCAAAAAGGUGUUCGAAUCCACAAAAAGUCAAGACGGAGCACCUCGAAAGAACUUGGCGCCGGUGCUGGUGUGGAUCUAUGGCGGAGGAUAUGUGGGAGGAGAUAAAGGCAGCUCAGACCCAACUGGGUUGAUCCAGCGAAGUAUGCAAGGAAACAAUGAUGGUAUCGUCUACGUUGCCCUGAAUUAUCGAUUGGGUGCAUUCGGCUGGCUUGGUGGUGACAGUAUCACAGCGAAUGGCACCGCCAAUGCAGCACUCCACGAUCAACGGUUUGCCCUUGACUGGGUAUAUAAGAACAUUCACCUUUUCGGUGGUGAUGCAACCCGAGUCACAGUCAUGGGCGAAUCUGCUGGAGCCGGAUCAAUCCUUCAUCAAAUAACCGCAUAUGGAGGUACACGGGGUGCUGCGCCCUUCAAGCAAGCGAUCUUACAGAGCCCAGGUUGGGUCCCGCUCAUUGGCGAAGAGGAACAAGAAGAUACUCUGCAGCAGUUCUUAGGAAUUCUCAAUGUCAGCACGAUUGAACAAGCCCGGAAAUUACCAUCGCACAAAUUGAUCGCCGCCAAUGCGUACCAGGUCGCCACCAAGUCCCAGUGGGGACAAUUCACAUACGGACCCGUUGUGGACGGCAGCUUCGUGCCUGCUCUGCCGGGACAACUUUUACUUCGAGGCGACUUCGAUCCAAACCUCAACAUUAUGGUUGGCCAUAACGCGAACGAAGGGUUGGUCUUUACUUCUCCGGACAGCGUCAAUAGCACCGGUCUGGCAUCUCAACUGAAGACCUUGUCCCCGAAUACCCCAGCAAACGUGUCCCACUUUGUCUUGGAUGUCCUCUACCCACCGGUCUAUAACGGUUCCUAUGGAUACACCGAUUCGGUUACGCGCACGGCGCUUGCCAUCUCGGAUCUCAUAUUCCAGUGCAACACCGACUAUAUCAACCGUGCUUUCUACAAUGAGACCUAUGCGUAUCAGUUCAGCAUUCCACCUGCGCUACAUGGACAGGAUGUCUCCUACACCUUCUACAACAACGGUACAGACUCGGGAGUAGCUAAUGUGACUGUGGCGUUGGCUAUGCAAGACUAUUUUACGAGCUUUGUUCAGCAUGGCGCGCCAAAAUCUCAUCUGGCGCCGGCUUUCAAAAAGCAUGGCAAGCAUGCACAGCUCGUAAACAUCGGCAAUCAUACCAUUCAGCCGAUGCAGGACCCGACCAAUAACCCACGCUGUCGAUUCUGGCAGACCGCGCCCUAUUACAAACCGACCUAA